GGAGGAAUUGAUAGGCAAAACAAACACGAGAGGCUCGGAGCUGUUCCCAUAAAGAAAAGCGUGAAGCCACGGAAAAGCAGAAGAGAAACAGAAGCAAAGGAAGAAAGAAAGAAAGAUGGCGCAGAAGACUCUCUCUCCCUCUCGACUCAUUCCUUUCAAUCGCACGCUUCUCUCUUUAUUAUCAUCUCCUGUGGGUUCCCAAGCGUUUGAAUAGCAGCAGUCCGCCUGCCAACCAGAGAAAGAAAAAGCAGAAAAACGCUUCAUUUCCUCUUUUUAAUACGCCAAAAGCCAAAAGAAAACAGAGCAGCAGCCUGAUAUUGAAAAUGGUGGAGCUGUUGAUAAUGGCGGAGCCUCUGUUUUCCCGUUUUCCCAUAUAAGAAAAGAAGGAAGACCCAUUCAUUCAUUAUUCACUCCCUGCCAAUCCCUCUCUCUCUCUUCUCUCUCUCUAAACUGGCCAAGAACUCCCCCUUCCAUUUCUCAUUCAUACUGUUUCUGUGUAUGCCUUAAUUAUUCAACCACACCCCUUUCUCUGUUCACCUCCCCAUCUCCUCCCCUUCCUCCUUUCCUUUCUUUUUUCUUCCCUUUUAUAUAUCUGCAAAUAUCAGAAUUCUUCAUUAUAAAUAUAAACCAUUUUAUCUGUUCUUCAUAGCUCAUAGUUUCAUACCAAUGGCGGUUCAAGCUCAAUACUCUUCAUAUCCCCUGUUCUUGACCAGGUACCCCCUCCGGCCUCCCCUGUUUGUAUUCAAUAGAUUACUUUUAUUCUUUGUUUACAAAAAUCUGAUUCGGAUUUCUCCGGCAGAGGUGCCCAGGACGGCGGGAGGAACCCAGUUAUGAAUACCGGCGCCGGUUCCGGUGGGGGAGCAUAUCUCGAUCAGACUGAAAUUCUGGUCAAUUAUGGAGUUGUUGAUGCGAAUUCGAGAAAGAGGGGAAGAGAUUACAGUUUUCCGGCGGUGGUCGAUCUCACCGAGCUGCCCACAUCUCCGCCUCCGCCGCCGCCGAAUGUUGUAUCCACCGGCCUCCGUCUGGCUUUCGGCGAACAACAACAACUGCAACACCGUCAACAUUCUCCGGUUUUCUUCUCGGCCUUAGCAGAAGAUUUAGGUAACCUCAUCAAACAACAACGAGAUGAAAUCGAACUUUAUCUCCGAGCUCAGGGUGAGCAAUUGCGGAGAACAUUGGAGGAGAAGAGGCAAAGAUACUACCGAGCGUUGCUGGGGGCGGCGGAGGAAUCGGCGGUACGGCGUCUGAAGGAGAAAGAUGCGGAUGUGGAAAAGGCUCGGAGGCGGAAUAUGGAGUUGGAAGCAAGGGCGGCGAAACUGAGCGCGGAGGCGCAGGCGUGGCAGGCCAGGGCGAGGGAGCAGGAGAUCACGGCGGUGGCUCUUCAGGCGCAGCUGCAGCACGCUCUCAUGAACGGCGGCGGCGGCGGAGGAAGAGCAGGCUGCGGCUCCCAUCUGCCUGAGAGGAACAACGGGAGCGGGCAAGGGUGCGCCGGCGGCGAUGCGGAAGACGCCGAGUCGGCCUAUAUCGAUCCGGACAGAGUCGAGGAGUCUGCCGGAACGAGUUGCCGAGCUUGUCAGAAGCGAGUCGCCGCCGUGGUUCUGUUGCCGUGUCGGCAUCUUUGCCUGUGUGUGCAAUGCGACGCCGUUUGUAUGAAUUGCCCACUUUGCUACUGCGUCAAAAGCUCCAGCGUUGAGGUUUUCCUUUGUUGAGGCCAACCAUCACUUUGGGUCCCACUCCUUCAACGGCCUAAAUUAUUUUUGAAAAAAAACGAGCACCACAAAAGGAGAAAAUUAUUACUUCGUACUCCGUAUUAUAUACACAAAGUGAAUGAAGCUAUAAAAGAAUAUGAAUAAAAUUG